AUGACUGGCAAGGAGGUAGACGAGCGCCUGCAGGUGUUGCAGAUCUACCGCUUGUUGCAGUACAUCAAUGAAAAUGAUAGGGCGCAGAUUGAGACGAUGGUCAACCUCGGGGUGGAGAACCUGAUUAAUUUCACAGAGCCUAAGAAUGGAAAAGGGGCACUUCACAUGGCGGUUGCAGCCAACAAUCAGGACUUGACAAGGUUUCUUCUCUCCUUGAGAGCGCACCCUGAUGUCCAAAAUAAGAAGGGCCACACACCUGUCAUGUUGGCAGCAGAACUGGGUAAUGAUGGCAUUGUGAAAAUGUUGGCUGAGCAUGAUGCUGAUAUGAAACUCCAAGACAGUGAGGGCAAAGGGGUUCUGUUCUACUGCAUCUACCCAACAAAGCGGCACACACGAUGCAUGGAGACGGUGCUAGAGUACCACGCAGACGUCAACAAUGUGUCAGCACAGGGGACUCACGUCUUUCAACUGAUGUGUCAAAAUGCCGAAGACUGCGCUCCCAUGUGUCACAUGAUGUUGGCUAAAGGUGCCAACCCCAAUGCAACAGAUGAGAAAACAGGUGUUACUGCUUUGAUGGAGGCUGCCAAGUCUGGAUCCCUGGAGCUUGUCAGAGACAUUCUAAAAAGGGGUGGGAAUCCCAAUGCCCUGGACCAGAAACGCUUGUCAGCCGUGCACUAUGCUGCCAUGGGGGGCUUUUUUGAGGUGCUUGUGCUAUUGUCUGCGUUCUCAGCAGACAUUAGCAUUAUUAAUGUGGAAGAAUGCACGGCCCUCCAUUUUGCUGCUAAAACAGGCAACGUCAACUGCUGCAGGUUUCUGGCUCAGAGAGGUGCAAACGCCAAAUUGAAGAACGUAGAAGGUCUUCUGCCGCGUCAGAUUGCUAAAGAUGCUGGUUUCAAACCGGCUAUGAAGGAACUGAAAAAAGCUGAGAAACAAAAGGCCAACACUGACGAGACUCUCCUGACAGAUUUAUGGGCUCUGACCCUCCAUGACUGGUCCAAUGAACAUGAAAGUGAACUGCUGCAAGCCUUUGACAGUCCAAAGGUUACCGGUGAACAGUUUACCUCAGUAUUAACGACAUUAGGUGCUCCAGUUACCGAAGAGCAACUUGAGUUAGUUAUCUCAUUGCAUGGGGGUGGAAGAUUGGCCAGUCUGAAUGUGAGUGACUUCAUCAAGGGUGUGAACUACAUCAAAAAACCGUACCUCCUCCUCUCCUACCUCCCCAAGAAGAAAAAGGGUGGGAAGAAAGGAAAGGGGAAGAAGAAGCCAAAAUUUGUUCUCCCUAUGCCUAUUUGUACCCUCCCACAAGAGUUUAAGCCCCGCCGAGAGGAUGGCGGCCCACCAGAAUACAUGAUGGAGACAUACAAAACUGAAGACUGCAGUCCACUUGAUGAAGAGCCUGCACCAGAACAUCCCGUACUUGAUGACACAUCGUGGUACACAGAGAAGCCAGACAAGAUCUACCUAAAUAUCAACUACCUCGUGAAGAAUGGCAAUAUUGAAGCUCUAGAACUGGCUUUUAGUCAAAGGAUUCCUGUAGACGUUCAAGAUCCAUAUUAUAAGACGCCACUGAUGGUAGCCUGCGCCGUUGGAAACUUGGAGGUGACUAGGUACCUCCUCCAGAAGAGUGCAACAGUGGACUUGUGUGAUCAGUUCUGCUGGACGGCGCUUCACCAUGCUGCUCAAGCUGGCAAAGUGGAAAUACUUGAACUUCUUUUGGAUGCUGGAGCAGACAUAAAUGCUCAAACCAUCACUGGUACCACCCCCCUCAUGAUUGCCAUCCAGAGCCUUCACCUCUCCUGUGUGGAGUUCUUCUUUACAGCUGGUGCCAAUAUCUUAAUGGAAAACAAGAAAGAACAAACCUGUCUUGAUGUAGCAGUUGCAUUUGCCGAUGGUGCAAUAUAUCAGUUGGUCAAAGAAAAGUAUGAAGCCAUGCCUAAACCAAAAGCAAAGGGUAAAAAGGCUAUUGCUCAACAGUGUGCUGCAGUGACCAAAAAACAAGAGAAAACCUCUCACGGGGUGUCAAAGAGUAUCAUCCAGUACAACAGUGGUAUCAUAUCAGGCAAGAAUCACACUCAAGAUAGCAGCUUCAUGGCAAAAAUGGUGUUGGAAAAGCCACCAUCAAAAAAACAUAUGAAGUCAAAUGAGGAGAGACAGAAGGCGCUCCUGUCUCUUGAGAAGGAUUUGGAGGACUUGAUGUUUCUUUUCACCCAGAAUCACUAG